AUGGGUGUUCCUUUCGACUACGCGCCCGAGAGGCCAGAGCACAUUGAUGCUAUCCUGAACGGACUCGACCGCUACAACCCCGAGACCACGACAGUUUUCCAGGACUACGUUGUGUCGCAAUGCGAAAACCAGACCUACGACUGCUACGCCAACCUGGCCCUGCUCAAGCUCUACCAAUUCAACCCCCACCUUGGUCGCGAUGAGACCAUCACCAACAUCCUCGUCAAGUCGCUCACCGUCUUCCCCUCGCCUGACUUCAGCCUCUGUCUUGCUCUCCUCCCUCCUCACGUUCUCGCCCCCAACCCAGCCGCCAACUCGCUCGCCGAGGCCGUACAAAAGCUCAACACCCUACACAGCCAGUUGAUCGGCGCCUCGUACGACCAGUUCUGGUCCACACUCGACGGAGACGACCUCUACGCCGAUUUGAUUGCCGAUGUCCAGGGCUUCGAGGAGUUGAUGCGUAUUCGCCAGGCUGUUGUCAUCAGCCAGACCAUGCAGAGUGUUGAUCGUGCUGUUCUCGAGUCGUGGCUCAACUUGAACGGCGAGGCCUUUGACAAGUUUGUCAAGGAGACUUGCGGCUGGAGUGUUGAGGGCAGCACUGUCAGCAUUCCUCUCAACAAGGAGAACGAGGCCAGAGGCACUGUUGUGCGUGAGAAUGUCAAGUUCGAUCAAUUCUCAAGAAUGAUCAAGAGAGCAUACGAGCAGCCCGCAUAA